ACAAAGAUGUUGCCUUAAGAAUGAUUGCAGGCUUAGUUUUUGGAAUAGCUCUUUUCAUUCAAACAGGAAUUUUUGGAACCAUCGUCAAUUCCGAUAAACUUUCCGACGGGACUUGUGACUCAGAAGAUCUGAGAGUUGAGAUUGGGAUUGAAUGCGAAGUUGAAAAUAUCAAAAUCAACAUUGUAUCAAACUCAUCCCAUAAUGAUCUUAUGGAGUGUAGAUUUGUUCAAGACAAUUUACAUUGCCAUCACACUGAUAUUUCAACUUCGCACAACUACAGUAAUGAAAUUUUGAUAAUAGCUACAGCAUUCAACCACACGAUACACGCAGGUUAUCCGCUAUGGGUGAACACGACUUGUCGAAACAACAGUACUGUCAAAGAAAACAUCCUUCUCAAACCUUGUCGUUCGGGGUUUCAGACGUCAGCAUAUGUCAAUAAUUCCAACAUUACGAUUUCAUGUGAACAUAAGUCAUUUAGAAUGUCCGCUAUGGGUAUACGCAUCGUCGACAAGGAGGACUUGGCACACUGCUGGUGGAGCAAAGAAAAUCAAACAACCAGAUGUUAUAUACAAGAAGGUUUAUUUGAAGUUCUCGACAAUGGCGUGAAGUAUACUACACCAUAUACCCAAGGAAUGAAUAUCACGUGUUUAUUCGACGAGCAGUCAGUUGAAAUUCUUCCUCAACAACAAACAACUCAUAGUACGAAAAUGCCAAUCACCACCGCCACCAGACUUACAACGACCACAACUACUGAAGCAUCAGAUGCUUCUCCGUCGGGACAAAGUGGAGAGAGCGGGCAAACAAAGCCAGCAUGCACGGUUGCUGUAAUCUCCAUUUUGUGCAUCUUAUGCUUUAUUUACAGAGAUAUUUUUAUUUGAAAACAAUCGGAUAUGAAAGGUUCACGUAUCCCUCGUAGUAGGCUCAUGUAUAUCUCGACAUAUUACUGGCUGAAACCUGGUGAUAUUUUCUUUCAUCCAUUUUGUUCAAAAGACGCGUGUGUAGCUUUUCUGUUGAAUCCGGUAUACGAAAUCAAUAGUUGUACAAAACACGAUCAGUAUGAAUGUGAAUGAAAUAGUUUUUUGAAAUGAGAGAAUCUGGCUUAGGAGAAUGUUGCUUGCGCACAUUUCUGACGGAAAAUUAGUGCCUUUGCGAAUAAAAAUAAGAACCCUGAAACAUUUUGGCAAAUAUAAA